AUGUCACCCGAACUGCCUAUUCUAAACAGAGGUGUAACUUCCAUCCUCAUUCGAAUAUUCCUCUUCAAGCUAGCCAAACCAGACACAAGAAGGCAACUCAUCGUCGACACCGGCUUCAGAUGCCAUCUUACGGGGUACUCUCGCACUACUGCCGCCGCCCCCUCCUCAUUUACCAGUCGCUUGCGCAAGUUCCUGAAAACAAGAAGGGUCACAGCUGUCUCUCAAGUGGGCACAGAUAGGAUCAUUGAUAUCGAGCUUAGCGAUGGCAACUUCCAUGUCCUCCUAGAGUUCUAUGCGGCAGGAAAUAUUAUCCUAACCGACAAGGAGUAUAAGAUACUUGCACUUCACCGGAUUGUACCUGAAGGCAGCGACCAGGAAGAGGUUAGAGUGGGAUUACAAUAUGUUCUCACUAACAAGCAGAAUUAUAAUGGGGUGCCGCCGUUAUCUAUUGAGAGAUUAAGGGAUGCAUUAGAAAAGGCGAAGGAUCUUACGGGACCCGCCGAGGCUGCGGGAAAGAACAAAAGAGCGAAAAAGAAGCAGGCUGAAGCUUUAAGGCGAGCUGUCUCGCUGGGAUUCCCGGAGUAUCCGCCUCUGCUUCUUGAACAUGCAUUCCAUAUAACUGGUUUCGACACGAGUCUGAAACCGGAGCAGCUGCUAGAAGAUCCCAAACUGGCGGAAAAGCUGAUGGUGGCGCUUGUGGUGGCAGAAAAUGUCAACUCCAGUCUUUCAACUGCGGAGGAAACGCCGGGGUAUAUUGUCUCGAAAACAGAAGGUAAAGCUGGAGAGGAUGCCUCGGUGGAUUCUACUGAUCCAUCCAAGUCGAGCAACGUGGCGUAUAUUGAUUUUCACCCUUUUGAGCCGAAGCAGUUUGAGAGUGAACCUGGAACAUCAAUUCUGAGAUUUGAUACGUUCAACAAAGCAGUGGACGAGUACUUCUCGUCAGUCGAAUCACAGAAACUCGAAUCGAGACUUACUGAGCGUGAGGAGAUUGCAAAAAGAAAAUUAGAAGCUGCCAAGACAGAUCAGGACAAGCGUGUUGGGGUGUUGAAGGAGGCUCAGGAACUUCACAUCCGCAAGGCGCAGGCAAUCGAAGCCAAUUUGCUGCGUGUUGAGGAAGCAGUAAAUGCCGUCAACGGGUUGAUAGCGCAGGGUAUGGACUGGGGCGAAAUUGCUCGUUUGAUAGAGAUGGAACAGAGUCGCCAGAAUCCCGUAGCCAAGGUUAUAAAAUUACCGCUGAAGUUGUACGAAAAUGCGGUGACCUUGCUUUUAGGGGAGCCUACGGAAAAUGAAGAACCGAUGGAUGAAUCUGAGGAGGAGGCGGAAGUGGAAGAGGAGGAAGAACAGGAAAGUAGCGAAGAUGAAGAUAGCGGGAAGAAGCCUGGAGUAUCCCAAAAAACACGGCAACCGCUACUAUCUAUUGAUAUUGAUCUUGGGAUCUCACCCUGGGCGAAUGCGAGACAAUACUAUGAACAGAAGAAAGCUGCCGCAGUGAAAGAAGAGAAAACUCUCAAUUCCACCAAGAAGGCUAUAAAAAGCACGGAAAAGAAGGUUGCUGCGGACCUUAAGCAGGCAUUAAAACAGGAAAAACCCGUGCUUCGGCCUACAAGGACACCGUUCUGUGGCAGAGACGUCCAGCAAACGGAAAUACUGUACCGACGACAUCUAAAAAGAGGGGAUGUGUUUGUACACGCUGAUGUGCAAGGAGCUAUUCCCAUCAUUGUCAAAAAUAAACCGGGCACCCCAGAUGCUCCUAUCCCACCGGGGACUCUUUCCCAAGCCGGCAACCUCUGCGUAGCAACUUCAACUGCAUGGGAUUCUAAAGCGGUAAUGGGGGCGUGGUGGGUGAAUGCCGAUCAAGUAUCCAAGACUACGCCAUUAGGUGAAUACCUUGUAACGGGUGGUUUUGUUAUCUGUGGCGAGAAAAAUCAGCUUCCUCCGGCUCAGCUUCUCCUCGGGUUUGCAGUAAUGUUUCAAAUCAGCGGAGAAAGUAUCAAGAAUCAUACCAAGCAUAGAGUACCGGAUGAGGCUCCUACCUCAGAGAGUGCGAAGGAUAUUCUGGGGACUGAAGAACUACCCUCUGGUCUCGAUUUGGAAACGCCAAAAAACUCUAAAAGAAAUGAGACAGAUCAUCAGCAUCAAGAGUCUGAUAGUACGGAUCAAGAAAACGGGGAAAUUGAACAAAUUGCGGACAAUAAGCGAACAAAUCCCUUGUUGAAUGAUGGGGCCGAAUCGAAUCGUUCUGGUAGUGAAAGUGAGGAACCGAACAUUGGGGAAAAUGGAUCCCAAGAUGUCGACGCUAGAUAUGACAAGGGAUAUGAUAACUCUAGAUUCGAAGCUGUGGAAGUACCAAAAUUGGGACAAAUGGAAAACUUAUCCAAGGAAGAGGCCAGCUCCGAACCGCAAACGGACUCCAUCACAGCACAACCUGCCAAACACCCCUUUGUCAGGGAAAGACGUCUGUUGAAAAAUGGGUUCAUCGAACAGGUCCCUGCGCGCCUGACUGAUCCUGCGUCCCAUUCGGCCACCAAUGUACCAUCACGUUCCUCAACUCCAUCCAUAGGGGCAUCAACCGCCACGCCAAACAUCCGCGGAAAACGCGGCAAAAACAAAAAAAUUGCCACCAAAUACCAGCACCAGGACGAGGAGGACCGUGAGCUCGCUCUCCGCCUCCUGGGUUCCGAUUCUAAGCCGGAUAAGCUUCGCGAAGCUGCCAAACGCAAGGCGGAUCGACUGGCCGAGCUUGAAGCCCAAAAGCAAAGACGUCGUGCACAGCACGAUCGAGCUGCUCAGGCUGAGCGAGAGCGACAAAAGGCAUUGCAACAACAAGCAGAGACACAAGCGGGUGGUGAUGAUGCUGACGGUGGUGAUACACAACUCGAUGCAGAUACUGCGGCUGAUCUUUCUUGUCUUCCUUCACUCAUUGGCACUCCUGUGGCAGGUGAUGAAAUCGUCGCAGCAAUUCCCGUCUGUGCACCCUGGACAGCCCUCAGCCAAUAUAAGUAUCGCGCCAAGUUACAGCCUGGGACUGUCAAGAAGGGGAAGGUUGUCAAAGAAAUUUUGGGAAAGUGGGUUGUUGAUGCGACAUCGGAUGCGAAUGCAAUAGAAAAAGGAACGAGGAAAUGGAAGCGGAAGCAAGACGACCACGAAAGUGAUGGCGAGGCUGUCAAUGAGAACACGAACGAGGAAACAGGGAGAGAAAAUGAGGGUAAAGGAGAAGACCGCAACAAUCAUGGGCUUAAUCAGUUAGCGCAGGUAGAGCUUGAGCUUAUAAAGGGAUGGAGGGAUGUUGAAAUCAUGAAUACGCUCCCUGUAAGCAAGGUUAAGAUUGUUUCUGGCGGUGGCGGUGGUGGUGUAGGUGAAAAGGGCGGGGAACGGAAGGGUGCUAAAACCAGUGGAGGUGGAAGGAAGAGUGAGAAGAGCGGGGAGAGUAGGAAGGGAGGGAAAGGAGGGAAGGGGAAGGGCAAAGGAGGUAAAUAA